UACAAAUACGAAGGUGCAUGUGACUCUCAGACUUUGGCAAGUCUCGUCCUCCUGAAACUUCCGGACGCCAUUCUUGUUAGCAGUUUGAAGUUUGAACCGAGAUAAACGGAAAGAAAAAGAAGAAAAAGAUUGUUUUUCUUCAUCAUCAUCGUCUCCGAUGUCUAUAAUCUUCCUCCUUAUUUUCUUCCUCUUUCUUCAGUCUUCUUCCUCUUCACUCCCACCAGAACCAGAACCACAACCCCCAAACGCCCCCACCGUCUGCAUAGUCGGCGCCGGCAUCGGCGGCUCUUCCGUUUCCCACUUCCUCCGUACUUACUCUCCCAAUCCCAUUCCCAAUUUCAACAUCCGAAUCUUCGAGCGAAACCGCUUCGUCGGCGGCCGCAUGGCCACCGUCAACGUCACCGGCCAUACCUUCGAGGCCGGUGCCUCUAUCCUCCACCCAAAGAAUUUCCACGCCUUGAGCUACACCAAGCUCCUUAACCUCACGGUCAACGAUCCCUCUUCUUCUUCUUCUUCUAUCGGAAUCUGGGACGGCAAGAAGUUCGUGUUCAAGACCCUGAGCUUCAACUGCAAACUUCCAUUCGUUCAGAAGCUUGUUUCGCUAUUUAACUCCGUUCGCAUAUUCUUCCGAUACGGCUUCUCGAUUCUCAGGAUGGAGAGCUUCGUUGAGAAUACUGUUGGGAGGUUCUUGAAGUACUAUGAAAGCUUGGAGUCCAGACCCAUUUUCGAGACGGUGGAUUCGAUGCUACAAUGGGCUGGAUUGUAUAAUCUCACAACCUCGACUUUGGAAUCGGAGUUGGCUGAUGCUGGGUUAUCUUCAUUGCUGAUACAGGAACUUGUCACUGUCAUCACAAGAAUCAAUUAUGGUCAAAGUGUUUCAAUGAGUGGACUUGCUGGUGCUGUUUCAUUGGCUGGAUCUGGUGGAGGAUUGUGGUCCAUCAAAGGAGGGAACUGGCAGAUGGCUGCUGGACUGAUUAAUCGUUCAGAUGUUGCAUUAAAUCUCCAUGAAGAAAUAGAAUCAAUCUCUUUUCUUGGAGAACACUAUGAGCUUAAUUCCACCCUAGGACACAGUUAUAUAUGUGAAGUUGCUGUAGUUGCUACACCUUUAGAUGAGUUGAAUAUUCAGUUUAUCCCUCCAGUAUCAAUUCCUAAGAGAAAACUACAGCAUACGCAUACGACUUUUGUUAGGGGCCUUUUAAACCCUGUAUAUUUUGGCCUGAAUGUAGCAUCGAAAAUCCCAGAACUGGUGGGAACCAUUGAGAAUCCUGAUAUUCCGUUCUCAAGCAUUUCAGUUCUUAAGCAACACAGUGAGACAGAUAAGACUUACAAGGUAUUCUCCCGGCAACCAAUGGACGAUGCCUUGCUAGAUAGAAUCUUCAGUGUGAGGUCAGAGACCAUUCGAAUAAAUUGGGGUGCAUACCCUCAUUACAGCGCUCCUGAAGUGUUUGCACCAUUUAUUUUGGACGGCCGACAGUUGUACUAUGUGAAUGCUUUUGAGAAUGCAGCUAGCACCAUGGAGACAAGCGCUGUUGCUGCUGAGAAUAUCGCACGACUCAUCCUUUCAAGAUUCUUUGGCCAAGUACCUUUGAGUCAGGCAAAGUCAACAUAUGGUUCAGAUGGAGAAGGUUUGCAUGCAGAUUUGUGACUACACUUGUAAUCCCAAACCGUUAAAAUGAAUAUUGUAAUUAGAUUUAUAUAUAUUAAUCAUAAAUUAAGAGAUCAAGGAAUGUACAAGGAGGACUUGUAUAUAAAUUAAGCGCUCAAGGAAUGUACGAGGAGGACUUGCAUAUAAAUUAAGCGAUCAAGGAAUGUACGAGGAGGACUUGUAGGUUUUGGAUUGGAGACUUGUGUGCUUGUGCUAUUUAUGCAAGUUUUAAGUUUGAGGUUCAACUGUAUCAAGUAUUUCUUCUUAUCCACAACGUUAAUGUACAUCUUUUGGACAUAUAAUAAAUUGGAUAGGAGGAUUUUUGAACUCCAAACCUGAUCAAA